GGGCUGGGCUCCGUGCUUCCGCUUGUCGGAAUGGGAGCGUUUUACUGAUUUCCUCUGCUUGUCUGCUAUGGAGGUGGAGUCCCGUGCAGCAGCGGGAGGAUUCAGUUUUUGCAGAUGCGCUACUGUCAGCUGGCUCACAUCAUGUUAAUCCGUUUUGAUUUUUUCCCCCUUUUGUUGUAAAUUAUUUGACUAUAUAUGCGGGGGCUUAUUUCUGUGCUCCCUCUUCUGCUUAUUCAAUAUGCGUCAGCUUUUAUGACAAUACUGCACACUGUUUUAAUUACUGUCGUUUUAAACUGUAGUCUGAAACCAGGCAAAAUGAUGCUCUGUCUUCUUCUGUUCUUUCUCAAGAUUGCUUCAGCUGUUGGCUGUCUUAUUAUUUCCAUACAAAUUUUAGGAUAGCUCUGUUUCUGUGAAAAGAGCCAUUAGAAUUUUGAUAGGGAUUGCUUUCCAGGGUGAACGACAAUGGACAGUUUCAAAGAAGGCACUUUGGCACAGCAAAUGAAGGGUGACCACACGCAUCCCAACACAUUCUGUUUUUACAGUCUCAUGUCUUGUUUUACUAUAUUAUCUAUUUCCCAAUACGUUCUGUUUUUCUGUCCAGCCAUGCAUGAUACCAAGAGCAUUACCAUACUGCUUUGCUUAGUUGGACAUUUAAGCAUUUUAUUUAUUAAUUCAGAGAGAGAGAGAGAUGUGAGAGCAUGUUCAAGAGAGACCAGAGCACUGCUCAUCUAUGACAAAUGUGGUGCCAAGGAUGGAACCAAGGACCACAGAGGGAGUGCCUUUCUGUGCACAUGGGCCAGGCUGGCGUCCAGCUCGGGGAUGCCUGCUGGGAGCUCUUCUGCCUGGAACAUGGGAUCCAGCCUGAUGGCUCGGUUCUGGACCGUGCACCGCAGCCGUUGGAGGAGGCCAGCGUGGAGCUAGGGGCUGGCUCUGUGGAUUCCUUCUUCUGUGAGACCAGAGCUGGGAAGCAUGUGCCCAGGGCGCUCUUCGUGGACCUAGAGCCCACCGUCAUAGAUGGGGUCCGAGCCGGCCACCACGGUGCCCUCCUCCACCCUGAGCAGUUGGUCAGUGGGAAGGAGGACGCCGCCAACAUCUAUGCCCAGGGCCACUACUCGGUGGGGUCCCAGGUCAUCGAUCUGGUGCUGGAGCGGCUCCGGAAGCUGGCAGAACAGUGCAGCGGGCUCCAGGGCUUCCUGCUGUUCCGAAGCUUUGGAGGCGGCACCGGGGCAGGCUUCGCGGCCCUCCUGAUGGAGCGGCUGAGAGUUGAGUACGACGGCAAGACCAAGCUGGAGUUCUCCAUUUACCCGGGCCCCCGCAUCUCCACGGCCACGGUGGAGCCCUACAACACCGUGCUCACCACCCAUGCCACCCUGGAGGCCGCCGACUGCGCCUUCCUGCUGGACAACGAGGCCCUGUACGGCCUGUGCCAACGCCGCCUGGGCAUCCAGAGACCCUCGUACCCCAGCCUCAACAGGCUGGCCGCCCAGGCGGUGGCUGCUGUCACCGCCUCCCUCAGGUUCCAGGGGCCCCUGAAUGUGGAUCUCAUCGAGUUCCAGACCAACCUGGUCCCGUACCCCAGAAUCCACUUCCCCCUGACGGCCCUGGCACCCCUGGCAUUGGAGGACAAGGCCUACGGCGAGGAGCCAUCGGUGGCGGACAUCACAGCCGCCUGCUUCCACCCGUCCAGCCAGCUGGUCCAGUGCGACCCCCAGCUGGGCAAGUACAUGGCCUGUUGCCUGUUCUACCGGGGGGACGUGGCCCCCAAGGAAGUGAACGCCGCCAUCGUUGCCGCCAGGUCCAGGCGCUCCAUCCAGUUUGUUGACUGGUGUCCCACGGGCUUCAAGGGUCCUGGGCAGAGGACAUCAACUUCAUGGAUUUCAAUUUCCUCACCUGAUGAGCAGGUCAUAAUCAUCUCCACAGCUCUUUCUUUGGCCAGAAGAUCCUCAGUAAGGGAGCCUGGCUCAUGUCUGCUUCUAUGCAGUAACCUGCAGCCAUUCUAGCUGCUCCACACACACCAGGCAGUUCAGUGCUGCACACCACAUCCUCGCUGUUAUAGGAGGACCCGCCUUGCCCUGGAAUCAGUCUAAUAUCCUUCCUCAGACUCCAGAAUCAGCUGCACAGAUUGUUCAGGCACAGCCUGUGGGCCCCACCCUAGAAUUUCUGAACCAGCAGGUCUGGAACCAGGCCCGAGAACCUGCAUUUCUAUCAUGUCUGCAGAGCAGGCUGAUGCUCUCGGCCCAGGUUCCUCCCUUUGAGAAACCCCUUCCUCAGUAUCCAGUCUACCUUGGAUCAAUGCAGGGUAACCUGUGGGUUCCUGGGGACAGUGGACUUUAUCCUUUCUCUGAGUAUGGUGUUCAGUCACGGGCAUUUGGUGUGGUCCUUUCUCAUGAAGCCAGCAUAUAUUGUUUGUGCAGGAGCUGGUGGGAGCCCCUGUUUUUGCUUCACACUGAGGGGGGCAUCUCCUAGCGGGGGAGCGAUUUCAGAUGGCUUGUUAAACCCAAAGGAUUUUAAAAGCCCAAGGCAGCGCCCAGGGAAAGAGUAGAAACAGGUGGGCAAGUGGGUGGGUCUGCUCUACCCUUUCCCCAAAACCACUGUGUCUGCCUCCCCAGCCCUCCCUGGGUCUCCGUGGUAACAUGUGUGAUCAACCAGGGCCUGAAUUUGAGUUCUUUCUGCUUCUCCUUCUGAAGAACCAGACAGAGGGAAGCUUCCCUGGCUCACCCAGACCAGACAGGUAGAACAAAUCUCCUCCCCUCCCAAGAGACCUCCUAGCACCCAGGAUUUUGUACAGUUGCAGACAUCUGGCAAGAUUCCAAAAUGCAUGUUGUGUCCAAGUGAAUUGGGUUCCCACCUGUGGCCACACCAGAGGCUCUGACUGAGUCUCUUUCCCUGCCUGAGGAGCUGGCACCUGGCUGUUUGAUUUCUUUGUUCAACCUUUUGUUCCAUACAUUUCCCCUCUGGACUCUCAUAGGUCCCUAGCUGGGCCACUGACUCUACUGCUUGCCUUAGUUUUAUUUAUUUUGUUUUUUUUACUUUGAAUUCACUGGGCAGCUUCUGGGGUCUGUGAGGUUUCCGGAGUCCCCAGUCUGGCUUCAGUAACUGUCUAUAGUUUCUGGGGCUGAGUUCCAGAAGGGUCGCUUUGUAGAAGGCAGGGCCAGCAUGCUGGCAGGGAGGUCCCUUGGGGGUGCAGUGUGUGUAUGUGUGUGUGGGGGCUUUAACUCUGUUUUUCUUGCCUUCGGGGUCAGUUUGUAAAUGCAAUGCCUUUGAGAGUGUUACCUUCUUGGUCAAAUCUCAGGUCCCCUUCAGAAGAAAGAUACUGUGUGACUGUGAGUGAUGGUGCGAUGUCCAAACAUGCCAAACUCACCUGGGGAUGAGUGUCCCAGCAGCCCCUGCUCUUGUUAAGCUUGUUAAGCUCUUGGUCUCUAGCUUGGGGCAGACUCCCCGGGGGCUUGGGGGUGAUGUUCCCUUAUUCCUGGCAGUGGUGCGACCUUAUGGAGUGAAGGCAACUGCCAGGUCCUCCUGUGCUGAGCUGCCUUCUGGUUUGUCUGAAAGGCAGGGACCUCCCUGCCCUUUCUGUGCUCACCAUUUACGAGUGGCUGGGGGCCGUAGGGACCCCUGACCUGUCCCUUUGCUGCU